UCCUCUGCUGAUCAGGAAGUCAGGUGAGCUCUCAGUAACCUGCAGCGCUACCGGAGCUUUCAGCCAUGGUGUUCGAGUCUCUGGUCAGCGACCUGCUGAACCGCUUCAUCGGGGUCUACGUGGAGAACCUGGACAAGUCCCAGCUGAAGAUCGGGAUCUGGGGAGGGAACGUGGUGCUGGAGAACCUGAAGGUGAAGGAGAACGCGCUGAGUGAAUUUGAUGUUCCAUUCAAAGUGAAAGCCGGACAGAUCGGGAAGCUGACGUUGAAGAUUCCCUGGAAGAACUUGUACAGUGACGCGGUCGUGGCCUCGCUGGACGGUCUCUACCUGCUCGUCGUUCCUGGAGCCACGAUAAAGUACGAUGCAGAGAAGGAGGAGCGUUACCAGCAGGAGGCGAAGCAGAGAGAGCUCCAACGCAUCGAGGAGGCGCUGCAGCUGUCUGCACGCAGAGCGUCUCAGACUGAUGAUCUGCUGUUCAGUCUGGAGAGUGUUGUUUACAAGGAGCCUCACAACGGACGUAAAAAGAUAAAAAAGCACAAAAAAGUUUUAAAGAAGCUGAAACGGCACGAGAGCAAAGCAGGUAACCCUGCAGACGAGAAGAAAGAUUCCUUUAUGGAGAAACUGGCGACUCAGGUGAUCAAAAACCUGCAGGUGAAGAUCAGCAGCAUCCACCUGCGCUACGAGGACGACGUGUCGGACCCUCAGCGCCCCCUUUCCAUGGGAGUCACCCUAUCAGAGCUCAGCCUGCAGACCACGGAUGAGAACUGGAAGUCUUGUAUUCUCAAUGAAGCCGCGAAGAUCAUCUACAAGCUGGGCAGUCUGGAGUGUCUCUGUGCCUACUGGAACGUUAACAGUCCGAUCUUCUACAAAGGAUCGUGGCAAAACAUCGUGGAUCAGCUGAGGGGUGGAAUCAGCAGUAAGGAUCAGGAGCUGCCUCAGUAUCAAUACAUUUUCAAGCCGAUCUUUGCUUCAGCUAAGAUGUGUAUCAACCCGACUGCCGAGCUGGAGCUCAACAGUCCCAAAGCCAACCUGCACCUGGAGGUCCAGAACAUCUCCAUCGAGAUGACCAAACCACAGUACCUGACCAUGGUGGACCUGCUGGAGUCAAUCGACUGCAUGGUGAAGAAUGCUCCAUACAGGAAGUUCAGGCCCGAGGUCCCCGUCCACGCCAACUCCAAACUCUGGUGGAUGUACGGCUUCAACAGUAUCAUGGAGGUCCACAUCCGACGGCGCAGACACAUGUGGUCCUGGUCCAACAUCAGAAAGCACCGGGAGAACCUGAAGGCCUACAGGACCGCCUACAAGACCAAACUACUGAGCCAGAGCAAGCUGAGCCCCGAAACCGAACAGCAAAUCCAGGUUUUGGAGAAAGUUCUGGACGUCUUCAACCUCACGUUAGCUCGGCAGCAGGCUCAGAUGGAGGUGAUCCGCUCAGGACAGAAGGUUCUGGCGAAGAAGGCGGCGGGGCCGAAGCAGGGAGGAGGAGGAGGAGGCUUCUUCAGCAACUUAUUCGGCAGGAAGGCCAAGAAGGAGGAGCAGGAGCAGGAGGAGAGCAAGGAGCCGGAGGGUUCUGGGCUGGAUGAGCUUAUGACCUCCGAUGAGAAGGAGAAGCUGUACACCGCCAUCGGCUACAGCGGCAGCUCCCACAACCUGGCGCUGCCCAAACAGUACGUCGCCGUGGUCGUCACCUUCCAGCUGUUCAGGACCUCGAUCACAGUCCGAGAGCAGCCGGACGUUCCCGAGAUCCUCAAGAUCCAGAUGAUCGACCUCAGCACCAAAAUCUCCCAGAGACCCGGAGCUCAGGCCAUCAGGGUGGAGGCGGCGCUGGAGCACUGGUUCGUGACGGGGUUGCAGCAGCAGGGGGUGGUGCCCUCGCUCAUCGCCUCCGUGGGAGACUCCGCCUCCUCGCUGCUCAGCGUGGUGUUCGAGGUCAACCCCCAAGAGACCGCCGCAGACCAGCUGCUGAGAGUCAGCUCCCAGCCCGUCGAGAUCGUCUACGACGCGGUGACGGUGAACAGCGUGAUGGACUUCUUUAGGACGGGUAAGGGUGUAGACCUGGAGGUUCUAACGUCGGCCACGCUGUCCAAGCUGGAGGAGAUCAAAGAGAAGACCGCCACAGGACUGUCUCACGUCAUCGAGACCAGGAAGGUUCUGGACUUACGGAUCCACCUGAAGCCGUCCUACCUGCUGCUGCCGAAGUCCGGUUUCUAUAGCGACACGUCGGACCUCGUCAUCGUGGACUUCGGCAGCUUACAGCUGAACAGCGUGGAGCAGAGCAGUGUCGGUUCCGCGGCCUCGUUCUCGUCUCUGGAGGAGAUCAUGGACCGAGCGUACGAACGUUACACCGUCGAGCUCCGAAGAGUCCAGCUGCUCUACAGCAAGUCAGGUGAGUCGUGGCGAGCUGCUCGGCUUCAGGCCUCGUCGGUCCAACACAUCCUCCAACCGAUGGACUUCACCGUCCAGCUCGCUAAAUGUAUGGUGGAGAAGGACGCCCGCAUGCCCAGGUUUAAGGUCUCAGGUGAGCUGCCGCUGCUUCAUGUGAAGAUCUCAGACCAGAAGAUCCAGAACAUGUUGGAGCUGGUGGACAGCAUCCCGCUGCCGCUCAUAGGCUCCGCCCCCUCCACCCCCACAGAGAAGGUUCCGUCGUUGGUGGAGAUGAGACCCAAAGUCCUCAGCCUCCCCCCCCCUCUGCUGGACGCCAUGGAAACAGACUCAGACGAAGACGCCAGCGAGAGGUCUGAAGACCCGGCGCGCUCGGCUCCGGAGGAACUCACAGACCUGCACUUCAAGUUUGAAGUCAAAGAGGUUCUGCUGGAGCUGACCCGGCAGGCGGACCAGGAGAAGACGGUUCUGUCCUUCAGCGUCUGUCAGCUCGGAACCGAAGGGAACAAACGGAGCUUCGACCUGAACGUCGCCUCGUACCUGCACACGGUCCGCCUGGACUACUGCGAUGUUCCAGACGGAAAGACCCUCCAGCUGAUCAGAUCCUCAGACCAGCACAGAUCCAGUCUGCUGAAGGUGGACUACAUCAAGGCGGACCCUGGAGGACCCGGUUUCCAGACGCUGUUCAACAACACGGAGCAAACCCUGAAGGUGGAGUUCUCCUCUCUCGACUUCCUUCUUCAUACUAAAGCUCUUCUGUCGACCAUCAACUACCUGAACAGCAUCGUUCCGCCGCAGCUCAGCGCCGCUCGAGAACCGGACUCCAAGCGGCAGGUGGAGAAGGCGGGGCAAAGCAGGACAGCAUCUAAAGACGCUGCGGACGGCGGCGUGUUCAGCUUCAAGCUCUUCGCCAUGUUGGGCUGUUUCCACGUGGAGGUGUGUGACGACCGCCGCAGCAUCGCUGACAUCAGAGUGACAGGGAUCGAUGCCUCGGUGACGGUCCAGGUGAAGCAGACCGAGGUCUUCGCUCGGCUCAGAGACAUCGUGGUCACCGAUGUGAACCCCAAAACCAUCCACAAGAAGGCGGUGUCCAUCGUGGGUGAAGAAGUCUUCAGCUUCAGACUGUCUCUGUUGCCGGGGGCGACGGUCGGAGACGGGUACGGCGACACAUCGAAGGUCGACGGGAAAGUCACGAUGAGACUGGGCUGCAUCCGGAUCAUCUACCUGCACCAGUUCCUGAUGUCCCUGCUGAUGUUUGCUGAUAACUUCCAGACGGCUAAAGAAGCUCUGAGCGCCGCUACGGCUCAGGCUGCAGAGAAAGCCGCGUCCAGCGUCCGAGACUUUGCUCAGAAGAGUUUCCGUCUGUCGCUGGACAUCAACCUGAAGGCGCCGCUCAUCGUGGUCCCGCAGUCCUCCACCUCCCAGAACGCCGUGGUGGUGGAUCUGGGUCUGAUCACGGUGGGGAACAGCUUCUCUCUACUUCCUGUUGAAGGCUUCUCUCUGCCGGCCGUCGUAGAGAAGAUGGAGAUGAAGCUGACGCAGCUCAAACUGUCCAGGACUACGCUGAGAGACUCUUCGCAGCCCGACAUCGAGAUCCUUCAGCCAAUCAACUUGGAGCUGCUCGUCACCAGAAACCUGGCGGCUUCCUGGUUCACCAAGAUCCCUGCGGUCCAGGUCCAGGGAGUCCUGCGGUCCCUGCAGAUGAGUCUGGGUGAGGAAGACCUGGCGGUUCUGAUGAAGAUCCUGGUGGAGAACAUCGGGGAGGGGACCAAAGAGCACAGCAUGGACCUCCGCCGGCAGGCAGCCCAAGACCGCCAGCAGCAGGAAGCUUCGGUACAUUUAGGAUCUGAAGUCUCGUCGACUGCGAACGGAGACGAGAACGAAAACCUCAUCAACGUCCUUCUGAACUUUGAAAUCCAAGAGGUGAUCCUGACCCUGAAGAAGGCGGGACCUUUCCUCGACCUCCACGUGUCUCAUUUAGGAAUCGACACCAAGGUCAGGAAGUACGACAUGUGCUCCACCGCCUACAUCCGCCAGAUCAGCAUGAAGAGCCUGGAGUUCAAAGACUCGAGUGGAGAGCCGCUGUGUCUCAUCAGCUCUUUGGUGGAAUCUGGAGCCGAGCUGCUCAAAGUGCAGUACUGCAAGGCCGACCGAACGGGACCAAACUUCUCCUCCAUCUACAAGAACACGGAGCAGAUGAUCAACGUGACCUUCUCGUCUCUGGACUUCCUGCUCCACACGGAGGCUCUGCUGUCAGCCAUCAACUUCCUGUCGGCAGCGCUGUCGCCCGGCGGCGUUUCCUCUCCAGAGGAGGAAGUCAGGCUGAAGCCGGACGGCAGCAAGGCGGCGUCGGCCAGAUCCGCCGCCCCGGCGUCGCCCGCAGACAGCGAGGUCAUCGACUUCAAGGUGAUGAUGACGCUGGGAGCCUUCAACGUGCUGGUGUGCGACCAGAGCUGCAACAUGGCCGACAUCAAGAUCCAAGGUAUUAACGGCUCUCUGCUGAUGCAAGGAGCGCAGACGCAUCUGUCCGCCCGACUCAGAGACUUCCUGGUUCUCAACGUCGAUCCCAAAAGCAUCCACAAGAAGGCCGUCUCCAUCGUGGGCGACGAGGUCUUCAGCUUCUCCGUGAGUUUGACUCCCAACGCCACCGAGGGCGCCGGGUACGCCGACACCUCCAGAACCGACGGCAGGGUGAAGCUGAACGUGGGCUGCAUCCAGGUGGUCUACCUGCACAAGUUUGUGAUGUCUCUGCUGAUGUUUGCUGAUAACUUCCAGACGGCUAAAGAAGCUCUGAGCGCCGCUACGGCUCAGGCUGCAGAGAAAGCCGCGUCCAGCGUCCGAGACUUUGCUCAGAAGAGUUUCCGUCUGUCGCUGGACAUCAACCUGAAGGCGCCGCUCAUCGUGGUCCCGCAGUCCUCCACCUCCCAGAACGCCGUGGUGGUGGAUCUGGGUCUGAUCACGGUGGGGAACAGCUUCUCUCUACUUCCUGUUGAAGGCUUCUCUCUGCCGGCCGUCAUCGACAACAUGGACGUCCAGCUGACCCAGCUCAAACUCUCCAGGACUUGUAUGGACCCGGCUUUGGGUCGAACCAGCAACGAGCUGCUGGAACCGGUGAACCUGCACCUGAGCAUCAACAGGAACCUGGCGGCGUCCUGGUUCAAGGAGAUGGCUGCCGUGGAGAUCGAUGGUGAUCUGAAGCCCAUGAAGGUGUCGCUGAGCCAGGACGACCUGAAGGUGCUGCUGAGGAUCCUGACGGAGAACCUGGGAGAGGCAACCAGCCUGGAGCCCAAACCCCCAAAACCAGAGAGCAACUUGCAGCUUCGAGCAUCCAAGACAGAUGAAGUUGGGAAGCCGAGUGUAACCAGCGAUGAAGAGGAGGUCGAAGCUCUGGAGACCCUGAAGUUUAACUUCAACAUUGAGUCUCUGGGACUGGUUCUGUACAGGGAUGACCCCCAACAGCCGUCCGGCCUCCAGCACCAGGAGAGCCUCCGCCUGGGCGAGCUGGCCUUUCACCUCCUGAAGACUUCAGGGAAGAUCCUGACCAACGGUAGCCUGGAGGUGAACACGGUCCUGACGGCCUGCACGCUGGACGACCUGAGGACCGGCAUGGAUAGGGUGACCUCACGGAUGGUCGGCCGGCGAGAUGAGCAGAGUUCGGAGGCGAUGAUUGAUGUGACGUACCGGCAGAGCGACAGCGAGAGGGAGGUGGUGGCUGUGCUGCAGAAACUCUACAUGUGUGCCAGCGUGGAGUUCCUCAUGGCCGUUGCAGAUUUCUUCCUUCAGGCUCUGCCGCAGAGUCCGACUCCGACUGCUGCGCCGGCCGACAGACUGCCGCUGAAACUCACGACUGACCCGCGAAGUGACACCAAGACCGCCGGCUCGGUGAAGACUUGUGUGCGGGCGGUGGUGGUGGACCCGGAGGUGGUGUUUGUGGCCAGCCUGAUGAAGGCCGACGCCCCCGCCCUGGUGGUGUCCUUCCAGUGUGGUUUCACCCUGCAGACUGAAGACAACGGAGCCCAGAUCAUGAGGGCCAACCUGCGGGAGCUCAAAGUCCUGGCCUGCCCCUUCAUCCGCAGCCAGCAGGACACAGCAGUCACCACGGUGCUGAGGCCCUGCUCUGUUGUCUUGGAAACCAAAGCCCAGCCCAACCAACCGCUGAAGGGCUCUGUGAUGGUGGAGGAAGUCGUCGUUAAGAUCUCUCCGUUCAUCCUCAACACGCUGAUGACGAUCACCGCUGCCAUGACGACCAAGCAACCGGACCCGCAGAGCCGGGACCUGAAGCCCGAGGUCAGCGACCUCUGGUCCGUCAUGAACGUCUACGCCGGUAACUACUGGUUCCUGGGAGUGGACCAGGCCACCGAGCUCACCGAGAGCUUCAGAGACCAGGACGGGCGCAACGAGGGCGAGACCUUCGCUGCUGAGGUCAAGGUGGUCCAGGUGACGCUGGAGUCGGGUUUGGGUCAUCGGACGAUGCCCCUGCUGCUGGCCGAGUCCUCCUUCAACGGAUCCGCCAAGAACUGGUCCUCUCUGCUGCAGAUGAGGGCCGAAAUGACGCUGGAGGUGAACUACUUUAACGAGGUCCAUGCCGUGUGGGAGCCUCUGAUUGAGCGAGUGGACGACGGCAGACGCAGGUGGCACCUGGAGCUGGAGAUGAAGAACAACCCGGUCCAGGACAAGAGUCCGGUGCACGGAGACGACUUUGUGAUUCUUCCUGAACCUCGGACAGCCGUCAACAUCUGCUCCAAGGACACCAUGAACAUCACUGUGUCUCAGUGCAGCCUCAACGUCUUCCAGAACCUCGCCAAGUGGUCAUCCUGCUGGCUGCAUCCUGCUGGCUGCAUCCUGCUGGCUGCAUCCUGCUCUGUCCGCCACGGUAACGGCAGUCUGAAACAGGAAGUUGAUGAGUGGUUGUUGUUCCUGGCGAUGCGGCCGGCUGAUUGA